AUGUCGACCGAAUUUGAAAAUGUGAAAUAUCGUGAACAGGUGGGGACGCUGGUACUCUCCGAGGCCAAGAUUGCGUUUCAGCCCAAGAAUGCUCCCGCCUUCAAGAGACUCUACUGGAACUGGAGCCAUGUCAAGUCGCAUCAAGCAGGCGAACCAACGGUUAUGCCUUCCAAAAGCAAGAAUACUUGGAGUAUGAUGGUCAACCAACGAGGGACUAUCACGGAAAAUCUUGUCUUUCAGCUGGACAGUGACGAAGAUGUCAAGCGACUACAAAAGGAAGCCUACAAACGCUCGGGUGUCACGCAAAUCCCCAAACGAUCCUCCAUCACUCCGACACAACAACUGCAAUCACUCAACGAUACCAGUGCGGUGGCCGUCGAUCAUGGUCAAUCGGUAGUGUACAAACAGGGUGGACAAAAGACUCAUGUUCCGGCAUUUGCACAGCAACAACUCAAGUCUUCGCAAGGAGGCAAAACUCGAACCUUCAAGGGAUCCACCACUGUCGUUGUCAGCAACAAGGGGCCUACCAUUACGGAACGAUCCUCUGGCGAUACUGCAGCUUCACCCGAUAAGACAACCAUUGCAAUGGCCACGGGAGAGAAUGCCCCCAAACGAAUCCAACAAGCAGAAGGCAAGGUAGCGGGGGCGCCCGUACCCUAUGUGCCGUCACAGUCACUCUACAAGAAGAAACAAGAUGACAAGUCCUUUAUGACGCAACAAGAGCCUUCCUCUGCCAAUAACAAGUCAUCAACAUCGUCCGCUCGCAUUGCCGAACUCAAAGCACAAAUGGCAGCGAAUCAGUCCCCAACACCGGAUUCGGCGACAACAUCGCCCAACAGAACCACAUCCUCGUCCUCUCGCAUUGCCGAACUCAAGGCGCAAGUGGCAGCGAAACAGUCCAGUCCCGUACCCGGCAACAAUCCACAAGGGUCCACCAACAGAACCACAUCAUCUUCCUCUCGCAUUGCCGAACUCAAAGCACAAGUGGCUGCUCAACAGUCCAGUAUUGGUGGUCCACCGGAACCAGCUGCACCAGCUGCUGGCUCGAACACUGCCAGUCGCCAACUGCCCACGAGGAGCAGGAGUAGGAUUGAUGAACUCAAGGAGCAAAUGAGAAUCAAUUCGGAACAGAUUGGAAGACCAGCACCUAGACGGGCCAAAAGCAGUGACAUGGCAGAACUGGAGAACAUUCAAGUCAGUAGCUUGCGCAAAAAGCUGGGCGGGAAGCUACCGGGCAAGCUGCGAGUGCCCGAAGAGCCCAAAGAAAAGAAACUGGCAGACCAGGUGUCCGCCUAUGAACCAAAAGCCAAAAAGAUUGAUCCCCAAAAGAAGAACUUUCUAGAAGCCAAACUCAAGUUGGGUCCACCACCGGGAGGUCAAUCCUCCAAGUCAAUUCCCAAGGGACCCCCUCCCACCAAAAACAGUGAUGGUACGACGCCAAAGAAAAUCAACAAGAGCAAACAGAAUGCACUCGAAUCCAAGCUGGGCUUGCAACUGAAACUGCCACCACCUCGGGGGCCUCCGCCUGAUGGAGGGGGAAAGCCAGGGGGUGGGGACAAACCAGGUGGGGAAAAGAGUGCCUUUCAAAAGUACAACAAAGGAUCAACAACAGACGAAAAUGAAGAGCCAAAGCCCAUGGCCAACUCGACUGAUACUUCCAAAGCCAUUAGACCCAAACCAUUGUUUCUUCAGGAACUUGCAAAGGCCGUUCCAGAAGAUGUUGAUCGUGAUGUUGAUGCCAUUGAGACCAGAAAAUCUACUGGUGCCAAAGCGGCAGCAGCGAAUCCCUUGAUGGGCGAGUUGCAAGCCAAAUUGCAAAAGCGACCGGAGCGGAAAGAAGACUUGAAAGUCAACAGCGCUUACAAGCGAAAAAGUUCUGACCAAGACGAAGGAAACCAUUCUUCCAAUAGUGAGCUGGCGGAUAUCCCGGCUUUGGCGACCUUGGCAGAAACGGAACGACGGAAGAGUACCAGUACCAAGGAAGUCCCACAAUUGGCAACCCUGUCAGCGUCCCUCAGCGAACUCCAAGCAUCCUUGUCCAAGCUUCGGAAUAGUCCAACUAGCAACAACGAUGUGGCCGCUCAUGCUGCAGGCGCUGCUGCCGCAGCGGCAGCGGCGGCCGUUUUGUAUAAUGAAAGCAACAAAAACGAAAGCAAUGGCGACAAUAUGGCGAGGAGUGUCCUUCCGCACACCGGUAGUGGUGAAGAGUCAGUAGACGAAGUAUUCGAAGAUGAGCCCGAGUCUGUAGCACCGAACACAAAAGAAAACGAACCACCUAAAGGCGCCAACCUAAAGAUUGUUGGGCUGGUGAGCAAAAAAGAUGAUGACGAUGAACCAUCUCUAAUCACCCCUGACAACUUGGAAGAGAUGAACAAGAUGGCUCCGCCCCCGUCUACCCAAGAAAAACUCUCUGGUUCCAACCGACGAUCCCAGCCGUUGGUGAAACUAACGGACUUCACUGAUCACUCCAAGCCCAGUUCACUGUCUUCCUACCAAGACGAGGAAGAUGACCAGUUUGGUCCCAUCAGACUCGAUGCUGAAGCGGAACAGGGCGAAGAAGAUAAUGAAAAUCACGUCGCGUUGCCACCGAAGCCCGACACGGAAGAUGAUCGCAACAGUACCAGAAAUCUGAUUCCGAUAUUCAUAGCUUGUGCUAUGGUUUUGGUCAUUAUUGGUGUUGCCGUUGCAUUCACCCUCACCGGCGAUAGCGGCGGAACUAGCGAGACUAGUAUCCCCGCCGAGACUCCAGCUCCAGCGGCAGCCCCAACUGGCCCUGAACCUGAACCCGGACACACGUUCGCACCGCAGGCUCCCGUGACACCUGUGGCGUUCGUAACUCCGGCUCCAUCUGCUAGAACAAGUCCAGCUCCGACUGUACCCGAAGCGGGUGCCACACCGUCUCCAAUCGCAACGGACCUUUCGGGGGUUUUGCCCAUUGUACCUGGUGCCGGCACAGACAAUUCGACAGCAACACCCACUUUUGCAGUCACUGAUGCUUCUCCAACGUAUUCUCCAACAUUUCUUCCAACAUCUCUUCCAACAAUUAUUGAACAAUCAACGCCAAAUCCCACUGUUGUUGACGUAGUGACAUCCUCGCCAACUAGCACGUCUCUGGCUCCCGAUCCCUUUGCAUCUGAGUCUGUCACAAGAACGCCCACUGCAGAAGUUGCACCAACACUGCUUCCCACCAUAGUAGACCAAUCCACAUCCAAUCCGACUGCUGCCGAAGAGAUCACAUCCUCCCCUACUAGCACGUCUCUCCUUCCACAAAUACCAGUCGCAAUUACAGCCACCCCAACCACAGGAGCGUCACCAACACUCCUUCCCUCAGUGACAGACCAAUUCACAUCCAAUCCUACAUUUUCUGAUGAAGCAACAUCCACGCCUAGUAGAAUCAGCACAACUCUGGCUCCUGUUCCUUUGAAACCAGAUACCGUUACAGUAGUUCCCACUUUUGGUGCUUCCCCUUCACCACUUCCCACCACGGGAGACCAAUUCACAUCAAAUCCAACAUUUGCUGAUGAAAUCACAGCCUCCCCUAUUAGCACAGCUUUAGCUCCAUUGACACCAGAAAUUGUCACCGGAGCUCCCUCUAUGGCUACUUCCCCGCCAACUGCAAUCCCGGUGUCACCCACAGCCGAUACUACAAUGCCGACAUUCGCGGAAUUGACUGCUGCACCCACCUUUGUUGACGAAGGCACUACUACGAGUCCAACGUUACGCGGGACCGCCACAUCAUCGCCAUCCGCACAAACUGGAACCAGUGCUCCGCAAUUCGCACCAACUGCAGAUCCCACGGUUGCAUCAACUCCGGCCAUUCUAAUCAACUUUCCAGACUACACUGAAGUAGCGUUGGCAGAUCCCCUGUCAGCGCAGUCCCGAGCCCGAGAAUGGUUGUUGGCAGACCCAAGUCUCGGAAGAUAUGAGGAAUGGAAGCAAUCGCAAAGGUUUGCGCUGGCUACGUUCUUCUACUCUUUCAACGGAGAGGAUUGGCCCGCCUUUCUUCGUGAGAGUUGGAUGCAAUAUGACGAUGGGUCAGAAUGCUUUUGGUUUUCAGACUUGGUAAUCUCAGUGGGAUACGAGGACAUCACAUCAGUCCCUUGCGACUCGAUAGGUCGAUACAUCAGCCUUGGUGUCUACGAAAUUGAUUCUGCAAACUUGGAAGUUCACCAGAGCUUUGUCGAUUCGUUCAUCGGCACGAUCCCACCCGAAGUCGCAAUGUUGACUUCGCUUGAACGAAUGGUUGUUCAGACUGACGUCGAAUUUCUUGGCAUCACCAUGAGCGAUCUUCUGCCCGUGGAGCUUGAAGAGUUGGUAAAUUUGACGAGCGUUGAUUUGUCGCACUGCUACUUCAGAGAAUGGGACUUCUUUGUCUUGUCGCAGAUACGUUCACUCAAAACGCUAGAUCUUUCCUUCAGCGAUCUGGACGGUUCCAUUUCCGCUGAUCUCGGACGGCUGACAAAUCUAGAAACUUUGGAUUUGUCCAAUUCUUAUCGAUUAGGCAGCCAGUCCAUCGCAACUGGGCGGAGUGGCGCAAGCAUCAUUCCUCCCGAGAUUGGGCAGUUGACAAAUCUGAAACAACUUUCGCUUUCGGGAAACAGGCUCAGUGGCCCAUUCCCAGACCUGGGACCAAUGCCAUCGUUGGAGUGGCUGGAAAUUCGUGGGUCGAAAAUUGAGAGUUUCCCUCCCACCGCAUACACGAGUCUACAGGGGCUUGAUAUGGCUGAAAACCCCAUAGAAAGCGCGAUUCCAACGGAACUAGGACUGUUCACUUCAUUGGAGUACUUGGACAUGAGCACGGAUCUCCUUGUUGGACGCCUUCCUUCCGAACUUGGGAUGUUGUCCAAUCUUCAUACCUUCCACGCGGCACACAACGCUCUAGUGCACACGUUGCCAAGUGAGAUCGCGAUGGUCACGUCCUUGCAAUCCCUUGACCUUGGCAGCAACAUGCUUACUGGAAGCAUUCCUUCUGCGAUCUCCUCACUCAGCGUCUUGCAAAUGCUCAAUAUUGCAUCCAACAUGUUCUCCGGUCAACUUCCCCCCAGCUUGGGUUCCUUGAGCGAGCUGUCCCAUUUGAUGCUUCAAUACAACGACUUUCAAGGGUCGUUGCCUGCUGCAAUAUUUAGCAUACCAAGUCUGGCCUUUCUCGACCUGACACAGAAUCGAAUUGGGGGCAGCAUUCCGCGACAAAUUGGAAGGGCCGUUGGUUUGGUCCGGCUGAUCCUGGACUGGAAUUUGAUAUCAGGGAGUAUCCCGAGGGAGAUAGGGUUGCUGACCGGUUUGGAAACAUUCUCGGCGAGAGGUUACACUCUUGGAGGCCAGAUACCGGGUGUACUUGGCUCCAUGAGAUCAUUGCAAGAGCUCUGGCUGAGUGGAAACCCAUUCACGGGAACCAUACCCGCUACACUCGGGAUGUUGCCAAACUUGUUCUGGCUCAAUCUCGAACUCACUACUGUGCAAGGAGAAAUCCCUUCGGAACUCGGCCUAGCACCUUCUCUUCGCUACGUUUUCCUCAACGAGACGGACUUGACAGGCACCGUGCCUUCCGAGGUCUGCGAUAUGCAGCUACAACUUCUUGCCGUGGACUGUGCCGCCGUCACAUGCGCUUGUGAUUCGUGCAGUUGCUCCCUAGAGGUAAACUAA